UCCCGCCACAAGAAACCAAAGAGGGCAAAAAAUAAAAACCCUAGCUUUUCAAAAACCCCUCCAGUCGAAAUCGCCCUCUCAAUCCCUCGCUCGGACCCCUUCCAAUUUCUCAUCCCCUCUCAAAAAGCGAGGGCUUCCUCGUGCCCACUAAGCCUUUAUCGGAUCCAUCGGUUGGAAUUGAGAGAAAGGGGAUGUCGCAGUUGAGUUGGAAGCAUCAUGCCCUAAUCCAAGCCUUGCUCUCUCGCGGCCCUUUGAAGGAAUCGGAGUUCCACAAAGUCUUCUACGAGAUCACCGGAAGAAAUCCGGUUGAACAUCAGCAGGCCUUCAACGAUUCGCUGCGGAAGAUAAAUAAGGAGCUGGGUUACGUGAAAUUCGAACUUCGAGGGUGCAGAAAUCAGUAUGAUGGGAAAGUAUACUAUGGCGUGGUUAAUACCUUAGCUGACGAGCAAUCGAAGCUCGGAACGAAGUAUUCGGUACCACAGAUUGCGUUCUACAAGGCUAUUAUAGAAGCAAUUGUUCAGGACAUAACAACGCAAGGUCACAUCACAAAUAUUGGAGCCCUCAAUUUACGGCUUGAGUAUCAGGUCCAAGGUGGGCAAGAUUCACAGGGGAGUCAAUCUCGCGUCCCUGCUGCAUUUAAAAGUUUUUCAAUAUCUCAGAAGGAGAAAACUCUGAAUGAUCUUAUACAAGAUCAAUGGCUGUGCUAUACCUCAGAUGGUAGAAUUGGUCUCGGUGUUAGAUCCUUCCUUGAUCUUCGGAGCUGGUUCCGUACUAGUGAAAUUCCUUCAUGUGAUGUCUGCAAUGAAGCUGGUGUAAAGGCAGAGACAUGUCCCAACAUGGAAUGCGCGAUAAGGAUGCAUAGUUACUGUUUAAAGAAGAAAUUUUCCCAGCGGAAGGUCGCAAAAGUGUGCCCUAGCUGUAGCACGCCAUGGCCCAUUCCGGAAUCCUAUGAAGGAGAUGAAGAGGAGACAAAUGAAAGCACACAAGACAAUAGUCCUUCAAAUGAUCCGGUCACAAGAAAGAGGCUCAGAAUAGUGAAAGCAGAAGCAGUAGAUGCAGCUGCCAAUGCUCCUAAUGAUGGUCCAAGUCAAUCUGGCCCGUCUCUGAGGAAAAGGUUGAGGACUUGCAAAGCCGAAGCAGUGGAUGCCACAGAGUCUCAGGUUGAAGAAACACAGGGUCUGAGGAGAUCUCAGCGAUCGAGGCGUUAAAGUUUAUUAUGUUGUUUUUUUUUUCCUUUUGUUGCUUAUCAGGCAGACGAAAGUCCUGUUAAAUUACUGAUCUGCAAAUAUUACAAGAGUAUUGCAAGUUUUUGUUCUUGUUUUGUAAAUAUAACCUAGAUGCACCCUUAAGUGUUUAAGCUUAUAACAAGUUGCCUCAGUUUGUGUG